UGGCCUGAAGCACUGCGUGCUGCCCGUCCUCUGUUCUGCUCGGCCUCAGUCGGGUCGGUGUUCGGAGGCACCCAGACGAAGCGAGCGACAGGCUGGUGUAUGUGCUGGACUACUACACACGAAACGUAUCUCGAGUGUAUCGAUGUUGGACCUUGGUCGUGGACCUUGAUCGGCGCGUGUUAUGGUGGAGGAGGCGCUCAGAAAGACACGUUAAAGAUAAUUGACUUCCCAAUCCGUGGGGUUCUUGACGUCCAGCGAACUCAGCGGCCAACACACUUGUCGGUAAAGCAAAGAUUCUAACCGGGGGGCAUUUAGCUUGCGCGCUUCCACUAUGUACAUUUGGCUGUUAAGUUAGUAAAGAUUUGUCUGGAUGCAUUUUAUUAUUAUCCAUGAAAUCUUGCUUGUUGUUGACACUGCGCAUGACAGUUGCAAUGUUGAAUCUCAAAACACGUUAACUCUUCCGGUGUGGUGACGUAAAGAAAUGCGACAAGAGCUAAGAAUAUUGCGCGUCAUUGGAGGUUGUUGGCUGAGUAAUUUCAAUAAGUAGCACAAAAGAGAAGUGCACCAAUGGACAAACACUCCGGUUUCGUCAGCAGUGUUAAUUAAUUCAGACCUCUUUAACGGGAAAGCUGUCGAAGUUUUUGGACGGCGGCGUUGCAGCACAGGGCGAUUUCAUGCCAUUGCGGUGGACUACAAUGCCCAUGCGAAACGGGUCUCUGCGCGCCGUUACGUGCUGAUAGAGGCAGCGGCUACGUCUGUCAGGAAAAAACAAACCGCUUCCGUGUUGUUCCUCUUCUGCAAGAGAGACAUAAACAAGAGUUACCCCGCGGGGAGAGACGCGAGUCACCUAGAAUGUAUUUGUAAGAGCGAGACCACGACUCGAAAGCAACCAUGUCGUCAUCGCCGCCCGGCAGCAAGAAGAAAGACAAGCGGAUCCUGUCGGGCUCGUGCCCGGACCCAGCAUGCCAGGCGCGGCUCUUUUUCCCCGCGCAGAGCUCCGCCGCGAGCAUCGAGUGCACCGAGUGCGGCCAGCGGCACGAGCAGCGGAGCUUGCUGCGUAUGGAGGAGGUGACGGAUCCCGACGUGGUGCUGCACAACCUGCUGCGCCACGCACUGCUGGGCGUCACGGGCGCGCCCAAGAAGGGCCCCGAGCUCGUGAAGGUGGCGGGCCUGUCCAACUACCACUGCAAGCUGCUGUCGCCUACGCUCACGCGCUACGGGAUGGACCGUCAGAGCGGGCAGGCGCGCCUGCUGAGCGACAUGAACCAGGGUGACAUGUUCGACUGCGCCCUCCUGGCCGACCGCGCCUUCCUGAUCGAGCGCGAGCACCUGGACUCUGCGGGCUACGGCCAGGACCGCUCGGGCUCGCUACUCUACCUGCGUGACACGCUGGCUCAGGUGCGCGCCGCCAACGGCGACCAGGAGCGGCUCGUUCCCGUGCACGUGGACGGAGAUGGACACUGCCUGGUCCACGCGGUGUCGCGGGCGCUCGUGGGCCGAGAGCUCUUCUGGCACGCCCUGCGGGAGAACCUCCGCCGCCACUUCGCCUCAAACCUCCCCCGCUACCGAGCGCUGUUCGCCGACUUCAUCGACGCGGCCGAGUGGGACGACAUCAUCAGCGAGUGCGACCCCCGCUUCACCCCCCCCGAGGGCGUCCCCCUCGGCCUGCGGAACGUCCACGUGUUCGGCCUGGCCAACGUGCUGCGGCGCCCGGUCCUGCUGCUGGACUCGCUGAGCGGCAUGAGCUCGCCUGGCGACUAUAGCGCCACCUUCCUGCCCGGCCUGGUGCCGCCCGACGACUGCCGCGAUCGCCACGGCGACCUCAACAAGCCCAUCUGCCUGGCCUGGAGUAGCUCCGCCCAUAACCACUACAUCCCGCUGGUGGGCGUGAGAGGGGCGGGGCCUCCGCGACUGCCCAAUCAGCUGCUGCCCAAGGCCUGGGGCGUCCCGCAGGAGCUGAUCGGCCGCUACAUGGCGCUGGACGAAGAGGGCGGGUGUGUGAUCGGGGGCGAGCGCUCGCUGGGAGACGGCUACCUGCGGCGGCUGGUGGUUGCCAUGGACGCGGUGUUUGAGGGCGAGCACGGCGUGAGCGCCGCCCUGGUGGCCGACGUGCAUCACUACGUGUUCCGCCGACGCGGCGUCGUCAACCCCGCCCCCGAGGAGGUGACCGCGUCGGCACGGCGAUGGCUGUCCGAGGGCCGUCUGCACCGCUGCCUGGCCUGCGGGGGCGUGUCCGAGCUCAGCGUGCCGCGCGAUUGGCUGAGCCCCGGCGGGAAGCUACACGCGCUCGCCACGCGCACCCACGGAGCCCUCCAAUCAGAGCGCAGCUACAGCUUCCCCCUCAUGUCGCUGGUGUGCGUGUACGACGCGGCGGCCGACGCCCUGAUGCCCGACUACGCCCGCAGCUCUCCGGCCGCCUGCCACACCUGCCACUCCUCCGCGCUGCGCCCGCUCUCGCCACACGGGGGCGUGCUGUACCGCGACGGAGACCGCACCUCCACCCCCAGCGGACCGGGCAGCAAGUGCGGCUGCGGCUUCAAGCACUACUGGGCGGGCGGCGAGUACGACAACCUGCCGGAGGAGCUGCCCGUGACACUGGACUGGGCUGGACGCGUCGUCAGGGAGACGGUCCACUGGUGGCAGUACGAGAGCGACGCGGCGCUCAACUCCAACGCUUACGAGGUGGCGGCACGCCUGGUGGACCAGCACUUCCCCGGCGAGUUCGGCUCCGAGCCGCUCGUCCAGAAGGUGGUGACGUCCAUCCUGCAGCAGACGGCCCGCCGUGGACCUGACCAGUACCGGCCCGUCAGCGUGGAGCACGCGCACACACACACACACGCGGACACACACACACACACACACACCCCGCCCUCCAAGAUCAUCCUGACGGGCCACAAGAGUCGCACGCUGCACAGGGAGGAGCUUACCAUGAGCAAGGCGGAGCUACGCGUGCAGCAGAGCAUCCGGGACCACGCCCCUCAGACGCAGCAGCGACACACACACACGGCCAAAGAUGACGGACACACACGCACACACACCCCCAAAGCUGACGGACCCACACACACACACACACACACACCCAAAGCUGACGGACCCACACAUACACACACACACACCCCCAAAACUGACGGACAAGCUGACUCCGCCUCUUCCUCAUCGUCUGCUCCGCCCACCCCAACCAAGGCCCCGCCUCCGGCCAGCGGCGAGAAGAAGAUCCGCGUGACCACGAGCGACGGGCGCCAGGCAACGCUGACGCUGCAGCCGCGGACCAAUCACGCGGAGCUACAGCGCGCCAUCGCCGCCGCCUUCUCCAUCCCCCCUGGACGCCAGCGAAUCAGAGCAGGCUUCCCGCCCAGGCCCCUCCCCCCACCCGCCGACGCCUCCGACGACACGCCCGUCCCUCUCCAGCACGGAGAACGCGUCAGCGUGGAGGUGUUACGGACAGAGGAGGAGUCUGAAGUAAAUGGAGGAGAGGAGGAUGAGCGGAGAACUGCAGAGGAGGAGAGGAGAGGGGGAGACAGAGAGGAGAGGAGGGAGGAGAGGAGAGGGGGAGACAGAGAGGAGAGGAGGGAGGAGUCUAUGAGCCGUGCAGAAAGAGAACUACAAGACAACAUCGACCUGGAGAUCUCAUCCCUCUGCCUACUGGCUACACUUAUGGGUGAAGAUGUUUGGUCGUACGCCAAGAAGCUUCCCCAUCUGUUCCAACCUGGUGGAGUGUUCUACAACAUCGUCAAGAAGGACAUGGGUUUGUUGGACGGGAAGCACUGCUCCCUCCCCCAGCUCUCGGGCCGUGUGUUUGUGUACAGUUCCCGUGACGACCGGCUGGAGCUGUGUGCGGACGCCGCCGGCCACUUUCCCAUCGGCCCCGGGGUGGACGAGAUGGCCAAGGAGGCGGGGCUUAAGCUGCCCGCAGACGGAAGCCCCUCCCACGCCGGCAUGCGAUUGGGCAGUGGGGGCGUGGUGCGGAAGAAGGAGGCGGCCUCGGCGGUCCCUGUGUUCCAGGGGAAAGGCCAUUCGCUGGGCAGCUCCCCGGCCACGCCCCUCUCAGAGCACCGGCCAAUCACGCGACAGCACAGCAGCGGGGUGGACCUGAGUGGCAGCGUGGCUCCGCCCCUCGAGCGUGAGCUGGUCCGCAUGGCACCCGGCGUCGUUACCACGGCAAUGAGGGAUGCCCGCGGCCUGGAUCCCGUCGCCGUGGAGACGCAGCGGAAGCGCCUGCAGGAGAUGGUGUGGUCCAUCCAGGCGUCCAUGGACAAACACACACACGCGCAGAGCGCCACACUCCAGACUCAGGAGCAGCAGGAGGCGGAGCAGAUGGAGGAAGACUCCACCCCCACUGAGCCCAUGGACCAAUCAUAAGCCACAUAGCGCAAAAGCCCCGCCCACAGACCCCUCCGUCUGUGUGUGUGCGUGAACCUGCCUGUACUCAUUCAUGCUGAGAGAAUGUGUGUGUGUGCGUGUGUGUGUGUGUGUGUGUUUAUUUAACGUGCCUCUGAUCACCUGUUAGUUGCUGGACUUCCCCCCCACCGCAUUAUUUCACAUUCUCUCUCUCUCACACACACACACACACACACACACACACACACACACACACACACACACACACACACUCAUAUACAGUGAUGCGUUCACUAUCACUGAUACGCACAUACACACACACACACACACACACACACACACACACACUCUCUCUCUUUCUCUCACAUAAAGACACAAACACACACAUGCAAAAACAAUAGAUGCCUGAGCACUUUGGGGGUUGGUUGUGGAGAGCCUUUGCCCUUUGACAUGAACUAGUACACACACACAGAUCACUGCUCAGCUGCCUGAUAGGUUGUGUGUGUGUGUGUGUGUGUGAUUGAUUGUAUUAUAGGAGUAUAUAAUGUAUAAUAAUCAGACAUGUACAGCCUCGUCUCUGUGUGUGUGUGUGUGUGUGUGUGUGUGUUUGCGUGUUUGCUUCUUCGCUGCAAGGCCGGCUCAGAUGUGUAACUGUGCGCAUGCUCAACAUUUUCAACCCAACAAUAAAGGAACCACUUCAUCAAA